UUUUUUUUUCUUCGAUGCAUCAAUCAAUCACCAAUCUCUGUUAGCGCCCAACCAGACGAUCAUUGAUGCAACUUUCUUAAGAGAAAUGAGAAAUUCGAUACCGUAAUUUCAGAUUACUUACGUACGCUUUGACUUUUGAUCGAUGUCAACAUGCCAUCAUCCGUGACAAUGGCAGACUUAGCCGCUGAAUCCGAAUCCGAAUCGGACGAUCAAAUAGUAAACACAUCCUCGUCUUUGCGGCGCCAGGUCAGUUCCGAUGUAAGCGAGUCGGGAUCCGACUCUGAAUCCGACUCGCUUGACAGUGCGGCAUCCCGUAAGAGACGUAGGCUAUCCGCAGAUUUAACUUCCCCUGCCGCCAGCCUCGCUACUUCAUCCAUCAAUGUACCGUCUAGAAUCAAGCGGAAGAAUACCACUGUCGUACAAACCAAAGCGCCAGAAGAUUCGGCACCUGCGGCCAUUCCUGUGAACACUCCAGUCGCCGCCCCAGUGGAUCAUCAUACCACUUUCGAAUCGCUCAAGCUCAGGCCAUGGCUCGUCCAGUCACUUGCCAACAUGGCUAUCAAGCGGCCUACGGGAAUCCAAAAAGCAUGUAUCCCUGAGAUCCUCAAGGGCCGAGAUUGUAUCGGAACAAGUAGGACUGGUUCGGGAAAGACAGUUGCUUUUGCUGCUCCUAUUUUGCAGAAGUGGGCUGAGGAUCCGAGCUCUAUCUACGCUGUCGUGUUGACCGCUACUCGGGAGCUAGCCUUACAGAUCUACGAGCAAUUCAGGGCGAUAUCCUCCCCACAGUCGCUAAAGGUGAUAUUGGUUACUGGAGGGUCUGAUAUGCGCCCACAGGCCAUUGCUUUAGCCCAAAGACCUCACGUGGUUAUCGCAACUCCUGGCCGUCUAGCAGAUCACAUUCGAUCUUCCGGUGAGGAUACCAUCGGCGGGUUACGGCGAGCGAAAUUCGUGGUGCUAGAUGAAGCGGAUAGACUGUUGGCGGCCGGUGGCCCUGGCAGUAUGUUGCCCGAUAUCGAAGAAUGCUUAGGAGUACUUCCGCCAUCGACUGAAAGGCAAACCCUCUUAUUCACGGCUACUAUCACGCCCGAGGUACGGUCCCUGAAGGACAUGCCGCCAAAACCUGGCAAGGAACCAGCAUUUGUGUGCGAGGUUGAUACACAAAAACUCGCCGUCCCUACGACGUUACACCAAAUGUAUAUCCAAGUCAACGUCACACACAAGGAAUACUAUUUACAUGCCUUCCUCCUAACAGAGGCCAACGUUGAGAAGUCCCUUAUAAUAUUCUGCAACCGAGCUUCCACCGCCGAGUACCUUCACCACCUCUUACGACUAUUAGAACACCGCGUCACCUCUCUACACUCCAAGCUACCCCAACGCCAACGCGUCGAUAAUCUAGGUCGAUUUCGAGCAUCAGCGGCGCGUAUCUUAGUCGCUACAGACAUAGCUUCCAGGGGUUUGGAUAUUCCCGAAGUUGGUCUAGUGGUCAAUUAUGACGUCCCCCAAGAUCCAGAUGACUACAUCCAUCGUGUAGGACGAACAGCUAGAGCGGGUAGAAAGGGCGAUGCGAUCACAUUCAUUGGACAGCGGGACGUAGAACGUGUUCAUGCUAUCGAGACACGAGUUGGUACAGAGUUAGAGGAAUGGAGAGAGGAAGGUGUCAACCUAGAGAGCAGGUUCAUCCGUGACCACAUGAAGGAAGUUGGCGAGAAGAAGAGGGAGGCGUUGUUGAAUAUUGAGGAACAUCGCGAGGUUGGGGGCAAGAGGAAGCGAAAGAAGCUACGACUCGAAUAAUUGUUUUGUUCUUAAGCCAUUGAAUGCGGGGCGUAAGCCAUUCAAUAGAAGAGAAUAGAAGAGUAGAAAAAAAG